ACAUAUCCUUCAUCUAUAUAUAUGUUCAUGGCUGCAAGCAUUUGGCAACAACACAAGUCAUUCACAUCCUAAAGCAUAAGAAACUCAAAUACUUGCACGAGUUGCAUCUUAUUUACAAGUCAUUUGAAAAACUAGUCUUUCUUCAACACAUACAAAAAUGGGUUUUCGUUUAUCCGGCAUCGUAAGAAAGGCAUCAUUUACUUCAUCUUCAAAAGCUAUGGAAGUGCCAAAGGGUUAUCUUGCAGUUUACGUUGGAGAUAAAAUGAAGCGGUUUGUGAUCCCUAUAUCAUACUUGAACCAGCCUUCAUUUCAAGAUUUGCUAAGUCAAGCUGAGGAAGAAUUUGGGUAUGAUCAUCCAAUGGGUGGUCUCACAAUUCCUUGUGAAGAAAAUGUAUUCUUUGAUAUCACUUCUCGCUUGAGUUGAUGCUAGCACCAUCAAGAUUAGGCUGAUUUAAAAAUAGAUUAACACAAUUUUUGUGGCAAUUUCUUACCCUGAGAAAGAUUUUCUCCAUUUUUUGUAUCCUACUAUGAAACUCAAUGAGAAAUUUAUGCACAUAAACAAAUGUCUCCCAUUUUCUCCUCAAAUCUAAAUGCACUGUUAAGUUCAAAGGCAAUAAUAAGCUGAAAGUGCGGUUCAUAAAAUCAAUUUUCAUGACCUGGUUUACAAUAAAAGAAAAGGAAAGCAGCAGAUAACUUUCAUGAUUUAAUAUGAUGAUGUACUUCUAAGUAAAAAGGUUAUUAUAAGAAAAACAGUAACUAAGUAUGAAUUUGCAUAAUAUUAGUUUUAAUAAUGUGAACGUUUUUUGUCAGUUCAAUUAUCCAAUUAUCACUGUAGGAUGAUUAAACAGCUUCCAGGAUCAGUCCCUGUAUUUGCCAUGUCCCACUUUAUUUUUAUCUGUCUUUGAAAUCUCUGUGGACCCUUCCCAGUUUGUACAUAGUGGUCACUAAAAUGUGGCCUCUGAAAUUACAAUUGAGAUUGAACCACUAAU